CGUUGGGACGGUAGGAAUUCAAAGUCAAUUGGUUCAUGGUUUAGAGUGUAAACUAAAGAGUAACUAAUGCUAGAUUGUCUGCGUGGUGUGAUUUCUUGUCUCGCUGCGGGUUAGAUAUUUGCUUAGAUGUUGAAUCAGAUAUGGAGGACUAAUUCACAUUAUUUCAUCUUGUUGGAUGAUGAGAAUGCUCUGGAGAAGGGAGGUUUCAGCAAACUUCCUUUCUCUUCCUACACAGACACUACAAUAAAUCCCACUGGCUCCAUCAGUACAUUCUUAUUUUUUCCCCUAAAAUGAGCAUAAUGCAUCUAUUUAGUGCCAUGAUUAAGAGGUUUUCUGUGCUGCUCGGGAGGGCCGCAUCAGCCCAUUGUCUUGAUGUUCCACUAUACACUCCCCAUUAUGUACGAUACCUGGCUGUUAAACCGGGUAGAGUACAUGGCAAAGGUAAGAAGUUUAUCCUGAAACCAGUGAAAUUAGAGAAACCGGAGAAGCAAGAAGUGGAGAUCAGACAGUCCAUGACUGUAUCACAACUUGCUGAGGCUAUGCACAGAGACAUAGAUCAUGUGUAUGAGGCACUGCUAAACACAGAUAUGAAUAUUAACGAUCUGGAACCAGACUCUGUGUUGGAGGAGAAGUGGCUAAAAGAAGCAAUAAAGAGAUCUGGGAUGAAGUAUAAGUGGGCCAAGAUAGUGGAGAAUGAAGUCAGAGAAAACAAAGACAUCCAGCCACAACCACCACCAGACCCUGCUAAUUUAGUGGCCAGACCUCCAGUAGUAACUAUUAUGGGGCACGUGGAUCAUGGGAAGACCACGCUGCUGGACAGCCUUAGGAAGAGCCAGAUUGCCGUACAAGAGGCUGGAGGCAUCACUCAACACACUGGAGCAUUUCUGGUCCAGCUUCCUUCUGGUGAACUCAUUACAUUUCUGGACACCCCUGGACAUGCAGCGUUUUCUGCUAUGAGGGCUCGUGGUGCCUCGGUUACUGACAUCAUCAUCCUGGUAGUUGCGGCUGAUGACGGAGUGAUGAAACAGACCAUCGAGUCCAUCCAGCAUGCCAAGAAAGCCAAAGUGCCAAUCAUCGUGGCAGUGAAUAAAUGCGACAAACCUCAGGCAGAGCCCCAGAAAGUAAAACAAGCUUUGUUGGCCCAUGAUGUUGUAUGUGAAGAGUUCGGGGGAGAUGUCCAGGCUAUCCAUUUAUCCGCUUUGAAGGGGGAGAAUCUGAUGGAGCUGGCUGAAGCCACAGUGGCACUUGCUGAGAUGCUAGAGCUCAAAGCUGACGCUCACGGUCUAGUAGAAGGAACUGUAAUAGAAAGCCAUACAAGCAAAGGCAAAGGACCUGUAACCAUGGCGAUAACCAGACGGGGCACGAUUAAGAAGGGCUGCGUAUUGGUGUCAGGAAAAACCUGGGCUAAAGUGCGCUUACUGUUUGAUGAGAACGGCCGAACUGUGACCAAUGCAGGGCCUGGCAUUCCGGUUGAGAUCGUUGGCUGGAAGGAGUUACCUUCUGCUGGCGAUGAAAUUCUGGAGGUGGAGUCGGAGCAGCGGGCUCGGGAGGUAGUGGAGUGGCGCACAUACGUGGAGGAACAGAAUAAGCUGAAGCAGGAUCAGCAAGCCAUCGAGGCCAAGCAGAAGCAACACCAAGAAAGCUAUCAGAAAGAGCGUGAAAGAAUGGCACAUCUGAGCUGGAGGCAGAAGAAAGUGGCUCUCUACAAGGCGAACAAGCACCAAGUAGCCUGCAGACCCAGCGAGAAAACCGAGGCUGAGGAUCUCAGUCUCAAUCUAGUUGUCAAAGGUGAUGUUGAUGGGUCAGUGGAGGCGAUUUUGGACAUCCUCGCAAGUUAUGAUGCAGAGGACCAGUGUGUCUUAAAUAUAGUGCAUUUCGGUGUUGGGGACAUCUCAGAAAAUGACAUUAAACUGGCAGAGAUGUUCUCAGGGACAAUAUACGGCUUCAAUAUUGCAGCUAAUAAGUCAAUACAGGACAUGGCUUCCAAAAAGGGCAUUCCCUUAAAGAUGCAUCGUGUCAUCUACCAUCUCAUAGAUGAACUGAAAGAGGAGCUUAGCAGUAAACUGCCCCCGACCACUGAGGAGACCGUAGUAGGAGAAGCCUCUGUUCUGGCUACGUUUGACGUGACCGUAGGGAAGAAGAAGGUCCCGGUGGCUGGUUGUCGAGUCCAGAAGGGACAGCUGGACAAGAAAAUGAAAUUUCGUCUGGUUCGAGGAAAAGCGGUUCUUUGGGAAGGUGCUUUGACUGCCCUAAAACAUCAUAAAGAUGAUGUGCAAGUUGUUAAGACGGGCAUGGAGUGCGGUCUGUCUUUGGACAAGGUUAUUGACUUUAAAUCUGGAGAUGAAAUAAUCUGUUAUGAGGAGACGGAGAAGCGGCAGAGAAUAUCGUGGGAUCCAGGGUUUUAAGAGACUACCCUAAAAAUGGGUGAGAUCACCAGCAUGUGGUGAUCAAAAACAGUCAGAUUAUUAUGUCCGUAUUAGGAUGUGACUGACAUAUAAUGUAAUUUAUUCCAUGAUUAAAAUA